GUAUAAAUUAAUCUUCUUACUCUUAUUGCGUUAUUAUUUAUUAACAGAAAUCAUUUAUUAACGAUUAAAAUAUUUAAAAAAUAAUAUUUUUUGUGACUAUUAAGUUCAUGCAGUCAGUUCAGUCCUGAAUUACUCAGCACCACAGAUUUUACAUACAAAUAUACACACUGUAUUGUAAUUUGGUCACUUCUACCCAAAUUAAGUCCCAUGUGCAAAUCUCUGGUACCUGAACUAUCCACAGAAUUGUGUUUCGCAGCAGCAUCCUCAAACCAUUGAACUGCUGCUCGGCUCUUAACUAACGGGACAGUAAGGGGAGCAAUGGAACUGGGGGGCAUCCAAGGUCGUUCACAGACCCAGAUUACCACUAAUCUUGGACAAAUGCAUUUGUUACUUUAGAUAAAACUGUCCAUUACUGUUGUUUUGUUCUUACUCUUUGUAAAUAAGGAUAGUUAUUUCCAGUCAAGACCAGACUUGAUUCAUAUCUUUCAUGAAGAGGAAUCGUCUGCUAUAUGCCUUCAAAAAUACGAACAUUCCUGUGCUGUUAUCUGUUUUGUAUUUGAGUUACCGCAGAAACCUGUUGAAAUCCAUAAACAGUACGUGGAUGUGAAAUGCAGUCGUGCAGCUUUUUGAUGAGCUGUUGUUCUGUGUUUUUCAUUUUAAUUGAUACUGGUAAACUUCCGUCGAGGUUAACGCCCUAAUUAACACACCUGAAUUACAGCAGCUGCCGGACAGACAGGGCAGAAAGAGGAGGAGGAAAACAAACAGGUAAUGCUGCGCUUCAGAAGCAUCUGCUCCGAUGAUGAAUCAACUUGGUGUAACAUUCCUAGACGGUGAAACGUGAGAAAAACAAACAUCCUGCCUGUAAGUACUGCAUUGAUUGGGAAACACUGGGAAAAACGCCUGUUGCACACCUGACUGUAAAGCGAGCACCUGGGAGAAAGCAAAUCGGCUACAGCGAGCGGCGGAGAAAGCAGGAACUACACGGAAUUUUGAGUGGAAAAGGGCUGCAGUUCAGUAAGCUCGCUUCUGACUGCAGGAACAAGAGGAAAGAGAAGACAUGAGUGAAACUUCAGCCAGGAAGACGAGAACUGAGACCAAAUUUGCAGAGUAUGUGGGCUCCUGUGUGGUGGAGAAAUGCUGUCUGGAUGAGAAGACCUGGCUGGUAUAUGAGCUACUGCGAUCCCUCAAGGACUGCAGCAGACGGAGAGCCGUCACCCUGAAAUUCUCUACCAAGGGAGUGAAGGUGUACGAUGCAGAUGGAGCGACUCUGCUGAUGGCUCACUCCAUGAGGAGGAUUCUGUUCUCUACCUGCCGCCCCUUGGACUGCCAGUUUGCCUUCGUCGCUCACAACCCGGGCUGCUCCCCAGAUGAACUGUACUGCCAUCUCUUUGUGGGCAGCCAGCCCUGCGAGGCCCGAGUGUUGAACCUGCUCCUCUGCAGAGCCUUCCAGCUGGCCUACCUAGAGAAGCACCCAGAGCAGGCAGAGAGUGAGGAGACAGUGUCCGGUCUGGAGGGCCUUCCUGAGGGCAUCCCUCCCCCACCCUCCCUCAUCGCUGACGGGGUCUCCCUGAGCGUCAGCGCCCUGGUGUCGUUCCGCCGGGCCCCCUUUCAGGGAGAGCUCAUACCUGAUAAAAUGGCAGAUAGGAAGCCGAGUGUUCCUGCUGAGAGUCCUGUCUGCUCCCCAACGCUGGUCCGCAAGAAAGCGAUCCGGAACAAAGUCCUCCGCUCAGGGGCGUACCGCUCCUUCAACUGUGACUCGCAGACACACCGCUCCGUCCAGGAAAAGUUGAACCGGGGGUGGAGGAGUCUGGAUUUUCAGGUGGGAAAAUCCUUCUCCCUGUCAGAAACCCAGGACAUCCUCACAGAAGCUGUGUGGUCCUUUGCAGGGAUUCACAGGGACAGUAGCUUUUCGCUGCUACGCAAAGAUGUCCUGGGAGCAUUCCUGCUGUGGCAGAACCCCAACUCUUCCAAGUCCUGGUCCCUCUCUGUUCGCACUCCCUUUGGCCUGCAGGGAUACCAGAUCAACAGGAACUCGAAUGGGAACUAUAUCCUGAAGCACCUACAGGAUGAAUUUAAUAGCAUAGAAGCCUUAAUCGACCACUUCACAGAGGUCAAGGGGGAGCUGCUGUGUUCCCUAAAUUCUGCCCGCCUAAACCACUGCUACGAGGGGGAGGACGACGUGCGAGGCCCAGGCAACAGCCUACACCAGGCCGCAGGUAAACGUGCGGCGGAUUCCGAACACGCUGAAGAGCCUCUGAGCCUGAGGCAGCAUUAAAUAUUGCGAACCUUGCGAAACAGACCUGACAUUUAACGAGGCAUGGAGGCUGGAGACCUGAGAAACCUGAGGGAACUAGAUAUCCUAGUGAUAUCCACUUGCCUCUCAUUAUAAAACAUUUUAAAAGGUGCUAAUGGUGUGUCCUUCAUGGAUUGGCAUUGGUCAAGCACUGGAGAGAUUGUUCUUGUUUCUGUAGUCUAGGUUGGCGGUGGUUGCCCAUGUCCAAUCACCUGUGAUUUCUACCAGGGGCUUCUUCCAGCUUGUUUCAAAGCUGGUUCACUAACCACAGAGCUGUCCAGACACAGCUGCCUAGUACAGUCUGGGACUCUUGCUGGAAGGAGUGGGAAUCUGUGUGGAACACAGCCCUGGUCGUGACUGGCAGCUGGUGAGAUUGAAUGUAAAGCAUUAUUGGUUUGAAGCAUCCACACCAUUGUGGAGUCUAUUUUAAUGAUCUAAGCCAAGGGUCUUCAACCCUGGUCCUGGAGAGCCCCUGUCCUGCAGGUUUUAUUGGUGUCUUUACAUCAGUGGUUGAAGAUCUGGAACACUUAUUUAUUAAUUAAGCCAAUAAUUGGUUCAAUUAAGUAACAGAUUGGUUGAAAUGAAAACCAGCAGCCAGAGUAGUUCUCCAGGACCAGGGUUGGAGACCCCUGAUCUAAGCAAAAAUAAAUCCUGCUGGUGUUUACUCCCUGGCCUGAUUCAAUGGACCUCUGUAAUGACAUUACUACAUGCAAUAAAUAAGAGAUCCCUAACAAAGCAAGUUUCAGUCUGGCAGUAUUGUUAGAUCUGCCACUGUUCAUAUAAUUAAACUAGACCUGUGUCUGUCUUGUGCACAUGCAGGGACACUGUAGCACAUGUGGUGAAUGGUGGAUAGCACUACUACUGAGCUUUUGUAGCACUUUUAUAAAAGGAACAUAAAUGUCUGUUAAAAUUCAAAUAUAUACGCUGAGAUCUACGUGACAAUUAUUUGUUUUAUGGCUUUCAUAUUUUGUAAUUGUUAAUAAAGACGCUUUUGUUUUGUUUAAC